CCUCCCCCUCUCAUUGGUCUCUCUCUCUCUCUCUUUUCCCCUCCAAAAAAGUAUCAAACCCACACACAUCCAUUUAGCUAGCUCCCACAGCUGCCAACCCUCCUGGCUAGCCACCAUCCCAACCCUUUCCCCCACCGGUCAUCCUUGGCUACAUGACUGCCGCGCCAUGUCGUCGUCCAGCCUAUGCAACGUGUGCCGCGGCACAGGCGACGCAUGCCCCCAGUACUGCACCGAUCUCAACCGCACAUUUCCGAUCUGUCCCGAGCCCCCAAGUCGGGCGCAUGAAGGGCAACAUGAGCUCCAGUUCUUCGGGCACGACGAUAGCGACGCUUGGCUUUUUAAUGAUCCCAAGUCUACGGAGCCGCAGCAUGAAGAGAGGCCACCGGUGGUUCCCCCCUUCAAUUACUUUGAUAGCUUCCGCGAAGCUUGCAAUCCAGUGCACGGGCUGACCUUCGAUGUUUGUUUGAGCGCGAGUAGCCCGCCGGACUCCAUCCCACACUCGACGGAAGGUUCUACCAUGGGGCUGCCGGCAACGACCGUUGCCAUCAUGUCAUCUUCCGGCAGUGCAUUCAAUGAUGCCUCAAACGGAAAGAACAAGGAGGUUUGUGAUGUCAAUGUUUCCAGCCAAGGCGACCCCAACAUGGAGAGAGAAGCCAAGGUCAUGAGGUACAAAGAGAAGAGGAAGAAAAGGAGGUACGAGAAGCAAAUACGAUACGCAUCAAGGAAGGCAUACGCUGAAAUGAGGCCAAGGAUCAAAGGGAGGUUCGCGAAGACUCCUGAAACAAGCCAGCCAGCACCUAAGUCUCUUCCUUACGACCCAGAUAGGCUUGAUCUUCGAUGGUUCCAUUCUUAACGAGCAGCAAGCACUACUUUAAUAAAGAAAUAAUGGAUAUUUAACUUAAACAUUAUGUUGUAUGGUUUGAUCAAUUGUUUUAGGAAUGUACCUGAUGAUCUCUGCUUGCUUAUUUGCUAAACAAAGUAGGUUUCUUUUGCUUUUCUGUUUGUCUUGUGUUUGAGGGACUGAAUUACAGACUCUGCGUGUGUGGAGAGGGUGGUGGUGUGGGAGAUGCUCUCACAUAGGUCAAAUCUGACCUCAGAUUAGUUUACAGCCUCUCUUUGCUAUUUUCUAGUUGCAUGACUGCAACUAGAGUUAACGUGCAGGUCUAAUGCCAUUAGUAUGCCA